CAUUAUCAGCGAUCUAAGAUCUGUUCAUCGCUCUUUCCCUUUGAAGAUCUUUGACUCUCAUUCUCCCAACCAAGAACAUUUUUUCUUUCUCGUCCCCGAGUCCACCCCAGAUCUGGUUUGCGGAAUAGGAGCCCAAACAAUGGCGUCGCCGAUCAAGAAUCCGUCGGAUUCAGCCUCUGUGAAUGACAACAAUGGCGAUUCAGGGGAUGCCCAGAUUCCAUUCAAGAUCUUCAUAGGGUAUGACCCACGGGAGGACACUGCCUUUGAGGUCUGCAGGCAUUCCCUCCUUAAGAGAUCUUCAAUCCCCAUUGAAAUCCACCCCAUCAAGCAAUCUGAUCUGAGGCAGAAGGGCCUCUACUGGCGCGAGAGAGGGAAAUUGGAGAGCACUGAGUUCUCGUUCACACGUUUCUUGACCCCACACCUUGCAGGGUACCAAGGGUGGGCCAUGUUUGUUGAUUGUGAUUUCCUCUAUUUGGGUGACAUUAAAGAAUUGAGGGAUUUGUGUGAUGAUGAGAAUCUUGCUGUGAUGUGUGUCCAACAUGAUUAUGCCCCAAAGGAGACAACCAAAAUGGAUGGGGCUGUCCAGACAGUGUACCCUAGGAAGAACUGGUCAUCCAUGGUUCUUUACAACUGUGGGCACCCUAAGAAUAAGGUCCUAACACCAGAGGUUGUGAAUUCUGAGUCUGGGGCAUUUCUCCACAGGUUCAUGUGGCUUGAGGAUCAUGAGAUUGGGAGUGUCCCAUUUGUGUGGAACUUCCUUGUAGGACACAAUAGGGUUGUUGAGGAUAACCCAGAGACCUUCCCAAAGGCCAUUCACUACACACUUGGAGGGCCUUGGUUUGAAGCUUGGAAGGAUUGUGAGUUUGGGGAUUUGUGGCUCAAGGAGUUGGAUGACUACAAGAAGUCAAAAGCGACGCAAAAGGCCUCGAAUUGACCUCAAAUCACCGGGGCCCGCUGCGUGAUUUUGAGGCCAAAUUUGUAUGCUUGUUAUGCAUUUUGGCCUCAAAAUCGAGUCUUGGAUUUUCGGGUCGCUUUUGUUUGUUGUGCAAGUUUGUUGUAACAUUUGUUGUUUCUUUAUAGGUAUAUGGAGCACACAACUUUCUGAUUUUUUUACCAUAAUGGUGCAUUGUUCUUCUUACAGGGUUCAAUCCCAUUUUUAAAGAGCUUGUUAAGGACAUAGAGAUGUAAUGUAGUUUGGUCAUGUGUUUUUUUUGUAUGUAAUAAGUCCUAAUAACUACUAAUAUAGUUUGAAGAUAUUG